CCAUCAGAGAGUGUCUGGGCUGGCCGGUCAAAAGAAGGACAGCAAUGUAUCUAGAGCCACACUAUCCCGGGAUCUUCUUUGCUGUUUCGAGUCUCCUUGUGUCGUUAUUCGUGGGCUUUCCCGGUAUCACAGUCCUUGGACUCAUCCCUACUGGCAUUGCGCUUUGUGGUCUCAAGGCAAGGCACGCCCUAAAACGUUGGGUUUGGGCUUUGGGACUGGCCGCGGGUUUUGUCUGUGCCUGCAUGAACAUCUGUGGAGCAGUCGUCUUUGCUUGCACUGUUGUUUCCGAUUAUGCAAGUGAUGCCACAGAAUACGAUGUCUUGUACGGAUGCGACAGUGAAACACACCGCUUGUUGACUGCUGUCAAUGGGAUCCUUUGGUUCAUGAUGGUCAUUUUCAUCAGCCACAUGAAGGUGGAAGGCUCCUUCCACAAUGCUCACUCUGAACUUCCACUGUCCAGUGCAGAUACGAUUGUCACCGAAGUGAAGCUUUCUGAAGUCUAUUGACUUGUUUGUUGUUGAGCUAGUCUAGUAGCAGGAAAACAAAUAGCUUUUAAAGGUGGAUUAUACAUUUUGUCAGCUCCUUGACU